AUGCAUACGAGUAACUUGAGCAAUGUUCCAUUCGAAUCCGCUACUCAUCCACUAAAGUGGAAAAACGAGAAACAGAUCUGCGGAUCACUGGCGCAUAUCCCUGUUUCAGCAGACUCAGCUUGCAACGCCUGUAGUGAGGCGAGUGAAAUUCCAGGCUAUACGGUUAAGCUCAUGGGCCCAGAUAAUGCGAGCGACUGUCCCAAGGUCACCGCUCUCUUUGAGAAGACCUUCAUCGAGCGGGAGCCACUGUCGCAUGCGCUUGCCAUCUCAGGCGCAGUGUCCAGAGACGCUUUUAGUGCAUUCUGCCGAUAUAUAACCGAAGCAACAUUCGCCACUGGCAUGACAAGCAUCGCUACAAUUGCUGAUGGUUCGGUUAUUGGUUUCAUCAUGGCGGCUCCAUUGGACGUGAAGACUUUUCCAACUCUCACGCCUCGAGGGCUUGAGCCAAUGUAUGAUAUUGUUGAUAUCCUGGAUGCUAGCCUCCAGGAGUAUCUGCGAAAUGAUCCGAGCAUGGCUCCUUCUCAGGUAGUCGAGAUCACAAUGGGAGGCGUUUGCCAGGACUUUGAAGGGGUCCACAUCGCUGCUGAUUUGGUUUGGGUGUUGCUUGUGGAUGCUUAUUUGAAAGGAUUUCGUACAGCUGUGGUCAAAGCAUCUAGCCGCUCGCAGAUUGGAUUUCAAGCGGCUGGCUUCGUGACGCUGGCUGAGGUUUCAUACAAAGACUAUCAAUAUGCUGGAAGCAAGCCCUUCUCCCAUAUCGAGCGCCCUCCUUCAGCUAAGUUGAUGAAAGCAGACCUGGAAACCUAUCUCCUGUCGACACCAGAUCCUCGGUCGCGUCGACUGCUCUCUGGGAAACGCAAUUGA